AUGGCAGACAAGGUUCAAGAUGAGAAACGACUGGAAUACGGGAGCGAGGAGAAGGGCCUGGGAGGCGGCGGCGACUCCUCUGAACAUUCUCCCACCGUCGGUCCGACUGAUGGUGGCCUCCGUACCGUUGACGCCGGUCUGCCCCCUGACCAGGUCAUCGGCGAGAUGAGCCCGGCUGAAGAGGCUCGCACCAUUCGCAAGAUCGACUUCCGUCUGAUUCCUCUACUCACGCUGUUGUACCUCCUCGCAUACAUCGACCGAAGCAAUCUGGGUAACGCAAAGAUUGCCGGCAUGUACGACGACCUGGAGCUUUACGGAUUGAAAUACAACACGGUCCUGACAGUCUUUUUCGUCACCUAUACGCUGUUUGAAGUUCCUAGCAAUGUGGUUCUCAAAAUCCUCAGACCAUCCGUAUGGCUCUCGAUCAUCUGCUUUUCAUGGGGCCUCGUCAUGACCUUGAUGGGUCUGGUCAAUUCGUACCACGGGUUAAUUGUUGCCCGUAUCUUCCUGGGUCUUGCCGAAGCUGGAUUUUUCCCUGCUGCUACGUUCCUGCUCACCAUCUGGUAUCGACGAUACGAGGUGCAGAGGCGCAUGGCCAUCUUCUACGCUGCAGCCUCUCUAUCGGGGGCCUUUUCUGGCCUCCUGGCGUUCGCCAUAGAGAAGAUGGAUGGGAUUUCAGGUCUCGCCGGCUGGAAAUGGAUCUUCAUCCUCGAGGGUCUGGCGCCCGUAGCCGUCUCCUUCACCCUCUUCUUCCUUCUCCCGGACAAGCCUGAAACGGCCCGGUUCCUCACGAUCCGCGAGCGUGAGUUCGUCGUCAACCGUAUCGCCCUGUUCACCGGGUCGGGGGCCGGCCGUGUCACGAACGCCGACAAGAUCACCUGGACGUCGUUCAAAUCCGGGUUCAGGGACUGGCGGGUCUGGCUGGCCAUCAUCCCCUUCUGGGGCUGCAGCAUCGGCACCUACGGCUUCACCGCGACGGUGCCGACGGUGGUCAAGGACCUCGGGUACAGCAAUGCCAACGCCCAGCUGAUGACCAUUCCCAUCUACGUCGCUGCCACGUUCGCCACGGUCGGAGUCGCCUUCUGGUCCGACCGCAUCCAGCAACGCACGCCGUUCCUGAUGGGCGGGUUCUCGGUCGCCUGUGUCGGAUUCGUCGCCGAACUGGCCAUUCCUCACCCUCGCAUGCCUGGCGUGACGUACUUUUUCCUGUUCCUCAUCGCCAUCGGGCUGUACUGUCCCUUUACGUGCGUCGUCACCUUGGUCGGCAACAACCUUGCCCCGUCGAGCAAGCGUGCCGUCGGAAUGGCGCUGUUGAUCAGUGUUGGAAACAUGGGUGGUAUCUGUGGAUCCAACAUCUACUUCGCCGCCCAGGCGCCGAGAUACUACACGGGCUUCGGCGUGUGUCUUGCCGUCUGCUUCCUCGCCAUCAUCUGCGCCAUCAUCCUGCGCAUUGCGUACCGCCGCGAGAACAAGAGGCGUGACGACUACGUCGCCAGGGAGGGCGAGGCCGCCAUCAAGGCCAGAUUCACCGACCAGGAACUGUUGGAACUGGGUGACUUGAGUCCAUUCUACAGAUACACCCUGUAA